AUGUUCGCGGACAGCGACGGCGACGGCGGCGGCGUCGGGGCGUUCGUGCGGCCAGCGCCGGGUCGGCUCGUGCUGAUGGAUCAGGACGUGCGGCACAGGGUGUCGCCGCCGUCGGUCGCCGCGGGAGGCCGGGCGCGGUUUAGCCUCGUGUGGAAGUUGGUGUUUUUUCCGCGGGGGGGCGCGCGCGCGGUCGCGGGUCGCGCUCGCGCGGCGGGCAUCGCGAGGGAGGCGUUCGGGAGACCUUCGCCGCUCGGGAGCGCGGCGAAGCUCGCGGCGAUCGAGGACGCGAUGCGACGAGGCGCAAAGCGUUCCGCCGCGGAGGAGGCGAAGGGCGACGGCGACGCGGGCGGGAGCGGAGGAUUAAAAAAAUAG